UCUGGACGUAUCCAACCUGAUCAACUAGAUUUUUAGAAGUUUGGAGAAGAAGCACUGGAAGAUUUGCUGUGCUGUGUUUGGGUGAACACAUCAUCAACAUGAUGAACAGAGUUGUGAUUGGAGUCAUCGCUGUGAUUGGACUCUUCACUCUGAGUGAAGCUCUGACGUGUAAUACUUGUAAAGUUGGCAUUCUGGGCAAAUGCUUUUUCAGUUCACAGGUGACAUGUGUUGCAUCAGAGACCAGCUGCGUCUCUGCUAAAGCAGAGUUCAACGUCACUGGGUUUCUGAGUCUGUCCACAAGCGGCUGCACUUCUGAUUGUAAUAACACCGUCGGGUCCAUCCUGGGUGCGGGAUACUCCAUCACCAAAACCUGCUGCACCACAGACCUGUGCAACGGAGCGAGCACCACACACAUGUCCAUGACUGCAGCUCUCAGCGCCGCUCUGCUGGCCUCUGUCUGGGGCAGUUACAUGUUGUAGAAAUAACACUUAACUGUCUGAACCGCAUUAUGUUCAGCUAGCUCCUUGAACCAGAUUCAAUGUGUAAAGAUAAACUCCAGUUUACAUCAGAGUUGGAUCUCAUAUGUACCUGUAACGUUAUUGUAACUUUUGACAUAAUAUGCUUACCUUUCUUAAUGCAAAUGUUAUUUUAUUUUUGAUUCAGUGAUUACUUUUUCAUUAACAAUUACAUACAUUAUAAACAUUUAAUAUUCAA